AUGUCGAAAGUUAUCAUUCUCUGUCUGCUAGCUGUCUUCCUCGUACAAGUGGUCGUUUCAACGCAAGACGAUCUGACGGUAUUCAAUCGGGCCGAGGGUGGUAUUCGUGUGAAGAGAGGGUCCAAAUGCAAAAAAACCAAUAUACUCUGCUGGUCGCAUAUGUGUGAUCGUUGCUGUGCCACUGGAUGCUCUGGAGUGAACUGUGUAGAUAUCAUGUGUGGAGUCUGUUGUCGA